AUGCUUCUUAGAACUAACUUACGUCGUCUUCCUGAUUGUGUUAUCACACAGAUCUUUGACUCUGUUCCAUUUGAUCACUUGAUGGAAUUUUGCAAACAUUACCCUGAUAAAUACGUCCGUGAUUUGCUCAUCCAAUAUUACUACUGCUCACGAGUUCAGUUUGCUUUUAAUCCACCAGUUCCUCCACCUAAGGCUACACCUGGAAGACGGAACUUAGUUACUUUUGUUGAUCUGGCUGUAUCUCAAUUCAUGGAAGAUUUCCCUGAGGUAAUCCCUAAAACAUUGUUGAUUGAUGUUUGCAUGGAUUUUAAAGAAGCAAGGGAGAUAUUAGACAAGUUUCAUGAUAGACUUGUUAAAUGCGAGGUAAUUGACUUUGCAUUACUUGAAGCUGAGAUAUCUGCCGAUGAUUUCCAAUUUUUAUUGUCUUUUCCCAACAUAAAACGGGUAUAUUUCCACUUUAAUUCCAAGUUGUUAUUACCUGCACUAAUUGAUAAUCCUAAAUUGAUUAAACACCCUACCCUUGAGCACAUUAUAUUUUGUGAACAUGAGAUUACGGAUUGGCUGGGUGUUAGAUUUCCCCAAAACUUAAAAACACUUAAUUUGUCAUAUCACCGUAUAAAUUUCUCAACUUUGAUACUCCCACAAUCGGUACACUCUCUUAGUUUUAUUUACUGCCAAAUUUACAGCAUUAAAGCAUUGAGAAGACAAAUGACUAAUGAAUUAACCGAACUUAAAAUAACAGACAACAUGUUGGAACAUAUUGUGAUUGAUGAUUUACCAAGGAAAUUACAUACUAUGGAUUUAAGACGCAACAGCAUUUUCUCUAUUACCGGCAAGGAAUGGCCUAAAGGAUUGAAGCUGUUGAUUUUGAGUCAUAAUGCUUUGGAUGACGAUUCAUUGAAAGUUAUAAAUAAUGGAGUUGGUUGGCCAGAACAAUUAAUUACUUUAGAUCUCAGUGUAAAUUUUUUUGAUCAUACUGAAAAUUUGUCAAAUUUACCCCAGAGUUUAAAAAGAUUAGAAAUUUCCCUGAACACAUUUCUCUGGCGUGAUCAAGAAAAUCGGGUUGAAUUCCCGGUUAACUUGACAUAUUUAGGUAUGUCCGAUUGCAGAGUCCAUAACUUAAGUCUUUUGAAAUUCCCAGUUUCCCUCAAGGAGUUACAAUUGGCCCACAAUGGUAUUAAGGAUUUAUUACCAUAUGGGGACUGGACCGAGCUUAUCAAUUUACGUCAAUUGGACCUCUUUGAUAAUUCAAUCACAACUUUGGAUAAUUGGAUUCCACCACCUAAUUUGAGAGAAUUGAUUGUAGAAAAUAACCCAAUCACUAGAUCUCCCCAGUUCAACGAACUUAGAAACACAUUUAAGUUCAAGAUUACCGGAAUGAAACUGGAAUCCAAUCAACAAGUCUGAAUCAAAUUUGUUCUUUUUUUUUGAUGCUAUUCGAUUUGCAGCCAUUUUUUUCUUGUCCCAUUUGGGAAAUACUACGCCGCAUCACCCAUUAC